AAGUGGGAUUAAGCCUAAGUUGAAAUAUCAUAUGUAGGGGUUAAUUUUGAAAAAGAAAAGGUGAAAGAGAAGUGGAAUACCUUUCGUUUAGGAAUGCGAAGUCAGAAGUACAUAUCCAAAUUGAAAGUUGAAACCGGGUCGAGCAGCAACUUCUCUCUCCUGUUUCUGGCGCUAAACAAAUGCUGAAAUUUCAUUUUUCAAUUUGAACUCUCUCUCUCUCUCUCUCUCUCUCAUCAGCAAAACAUACAGAAAUGGCAGCAGACAACAGCGAAGCCAUAUUCGAAUCCUUGAAUCUGAGCCCACAACUGUUCAUCAAUGAGGUCCUCAAUAUCGUUGACGAUCUGCUCCAAGAGGCUUUCACUUUCUUCCUCCAGGAGGCUUCUAAGCUGCUGAAAACUGAGAGCACUGAUCGUUCCACGGAAUUGAGCAAGGGUGUGGCAUACCUUCAGCAUUUGAUUCUAUUGACCCUCGACCAGCGAAUGCAGAAGUGGGAGGAAUAUUGCCUUCGAUUUUGUUUUCGUGUGCCUGAAGGAUUUUCUCUGCCAAAAGCUAAUGAGUCGUCUGGAAGUGAUUUACCAGAACUCGAUGGUCUCACUGAUACAGAGCUGGACGCACAGUUGACUUCUCUGCGUGGCAAGCUUGCUCUGGUCGGAAAAGAGUCUGCUGAACUUGUCAGAGAAGUCCAUGCACUGGAGAGGCAGUCUGUGUCAACUAGUCUGCCUGCAGCGUCUAUUGAUGAAGCUUUGCAAGUUUACAAGGACCAUGAUUCCACUCAGAUUUUCGAAGAGCUGAAGACUAUGGCAUUAGAAUUCCACAAGAAAAUCGGGAAUCUGAAAAGGAAAAGAAUCGAGGAAUUUCAAUGUGAUAGAGUAGACAGAUUAAAUGUAGCAGCACAUGGGGAUUUGCUCAGAAUGCCUCGUAGCAGCGGUCUGUUUGGUGCAAAGCUGGAAGAACUUGAGAAGUUCUUAGAUGAGAUGCCUACUAGAUGAUAUGCAUGAUUAAAUACCACCGCAUCUAAGUAUUUUUAUUUAUUAGUUAGCAUCAGGUUACCAACCCGUAAUUUGACGGACCCACCCAUCGGGUCGGGUUUGGGUUUGUGUUUGUGUUUGUGUUUUGCCUUGUUUUAGUUUUCCAUCAUCGGCACUGGUGUUUGAUUUUGGCUGCUAAAUGGUGUUUUGGAUUUCAAAUUGAAACCUGACUCCAACUUUAUAUAUUCAAACAUCUAAACCUCACUUGUUCCA